GAAAACCAGGUACCCUUCUCUCUGUGGCUUAACCCCCCACCUUCCCGAGAAGAGAGAGAGAGAGAGCGGAGGCGUGUGUUGUGGUGAGGUGGGGUUAUUCGAUGGGAAGCGCCGCAGUGGAGAAGACGGCGGAAGAGCUCCGCAAGGAGAUCGAAGAACUCAACCGCCAACAAUGGGAGAUCACAGAACGUCUACGCGAUCCAAGAGGGUUGAGGCGCGGCUUGGCGGCCAACAUUUCGAAUGCGAAUGCCACUGGCAUACACACGCGCCGCAAUCAUUCAGCACUGACCAAUCCUCCUCGACGCCCACGAGGAGUUCCAGAGAGAGAUAGAGCCGAUGCCGAGGGUGAUGACCAACCUCCUCCCAAAAGGAGGCUCUCUUCAGCUGUUGUGAAGGUCAAAGAUGGAGAACUUGUGGAUGAUUCGAAAGAGAAAGCGAUCAACAACGAGCAAGCAGAUAAGGAAGAUGGUGCAGAGGAUAAUUUCAUUGAUGAUAAGAGGCUGCAGAAGGGCCCUGCUGGAUUAAGGCGUGAUAGUGGCAGGACCUUUAGGGCGGAUGUUGAAGCUUUGCCUGUGGAUCAGGUUCCUAGAGUAUUGCCGAAGGAUGAGGAUCCCAACUUGGUAAAAAGAAAUAAAAGGAUGUUUGUACAGCUGCUGGGAACAUUAGAGAAAUUUCGGGAGGAAGACAUGCAUUUGUCAUCAACAAAGGCAUACAUGCGCAGAUCAGAUUCAUUGCGAAGAGCUGAGCAACGGGCUCGUGAAGAAAGUGAGAGAUUGCGGCAGCAAGAGCGCGAACAACUUGCAGAAAAGCGAAGACGAGAUCUGGCCCUUCGAGCACGUGUUACUGCAAAGGCAGAAGAAAAGAAGUUGGAGUUGCUCUUUCUACACUGGAGUGAGCAUCAUAAAAGGCUUUGCAAUUUCCUAAGGACCAAGUCUGAGCCACCAAUAUUUUACUUACCUGCUAAACCACUAGAAGGUGAUCCAACCUUGGUUGACCAAAGAAAAGAGCGGUCUUUCCAGGAAUGGAAGGAUGCUAGACGAGCUGAGUUGUCAGAAUAUCAGAAGCAUAUAGAGGAGCAGUAUCUUGCAAACGUGGAGGCAGAGCUUGAGAGGUGGCAGAAUGCUAAUGCUAGGAGCAACACAAGUAGGGUAAAUAAUGCAGCAAAUUUACAGGAAACAAUGGACAAAGAGCUUGAGAGUCACAGGCAGGCCCACGGCCCCAAGAAUACUUCGAGGAUCCCAAGGGGUGGGGAAGUUGAUGAGGAUGUUGAGGAUGAUGAUGACAUGCUUAUGAUGAUGGAUGAUGUGCUCCAACAGCCUGAGGCUGAUGAUGACAUAAAGGAUGCAGGUAAUGCUGUUCCCCUUGAAGGUGGCAGCAAUUGACUGGUUAGUAAUAGUAGGACAACAGAUGCUCACCAUCUGGAUGUUGCUUUAUCUUCUUUGGGUUUUUGAAUGCCCUUUUGGUUAAUGAGAAUGGUGGCAGGUGUUUCUAUAUGAUGCUAUUCUUCGGAUUUUGAUGUAGUUUAACGCAUCAGUUCGUGAGUUCGAUUUGUUUAAUGUAGGCAUGCUGUUAAUUUAUAUCAAUCUCGUAAGUUGUUUCUUU